GUAGUAGAACGACGCCGACCUUAUUCCCAUGAUGCAAUUAGGCGUCCUCUAUACACCCAGAAUCCUCCACAUUACCCUCUGCUGCAAAAUGGCGGACAAACCGGUUUCCAUUGCUCAGAAGAGGUUUUUAGAUGUAAAGCUGGGUGAGCUCCCUACAUGGAUGACAUCCUGCGACUUCACUCCUAAUGGGAUCCUUUCAGCAAUGCGCAGAGGGCAUGACCGGUACUACAACAAAUACAUCAACGUCAAGAAAGGGGGCAUUGGUGGAAUUUCAAUGCUACUUGCUGGUUAUGUAAUUUUGAGCUAUAUUUGGGAAUAUGAUCACAUCAAACAUGACCGCUGGAGGAAAUACCACUAGAAGAAACUGACCAUCUACUCUGGUUUUUCAAGCUGGCUUAUUCGUCCUUCAGAAAUAAAGCACUGCUGUCCAUUGUUUAGUCUUCAUGUUGUGGAAGCAAAUAAAUGUGACCAACAAACUGAAUAAAAUAUCGGGCUUUGA